GCGGCAGCGGCGGCGGCGGUAAGAUGGCUGCCCACGGGGGCUCCGCGGCGUCCUCGGCGCUGAAGGGGUUAAUUCAGCAGUUCACCGCCAUCACCGGUGCAAGUGAAAGUGUAGGGAAACAUAUGCUUGAAGCCUGCAACAAUAAUCUGGAGAUGGCAGUCACUAUGUUUUUGGACGGUGGAGGAAUCGCUGAAGAGCCCAGUACCAGUUCUGCAAGUGUCUCCACUGUCAGACCACACACCGAAGAGGAAGUUCGUGCCCCAAUUCCUCAAAAGCAGGAAAUAUUGGUGGAACCAGAACCUUUGUUUGGUGCUCCUAAAAGACGACGGCCUGCACGUUCAAUAUUUGAUGGUUUCCGGGAUUUUCAAACUGAAACUAUUCGGCAAGAACAGGAAUUAAGAAAUGGAGGAGCAAUAGAUAAGAAACUAACUACCCUUGCAGAUUUAUUCCGGCCACCCAUUGACUUGAUGCAUAAAGGCAGCUUUGAAACAGCCAAAGAGUGUGGCCAGAUGCAGAAUAAGUGGCUGAUGAUAAACAUUCAAAAUGUACAAGACUUUGCAUGCCAGUGCCUCAACCGUGACGUAUGGAGCAAUGAAGCUGUGAAGAAUAUUAUCCGAGAACAUUUCAUUUUCUGGCAGGUUUAUCACGACAGUGAGGAAGGUCAGAGAUACAUACAGUUUUAUAAGCUAGGGGAUUUCCCCUAUGUUUCCAUCUUGGAUCCUCGGACAGGUCAGAAGCUGGUUGAGUGGCACCAGUUAGACGUAUCUUCUUUCUUGGACCAAGUUACGGGAUUUCUGGGUGAACAUGGGCAACUGGAUGGACUUUCUAGCAGUCCCCCCAAAAAAUGUGCCCGUUCAGAGAGCCUUAUAGAUGCAAGUGAAGACAGCCAGCUAGAAGCUGCCAUCAGAGCCUCCUUGCAAGAGACACAUUUUGAUUCCACACAGACAAAACAGGAUAGCCGCUCAGAUGAAGAAUCUGAAUCUGAACUUUUUUCUGGCAGUGAGGAGUUCAUAUCCGUUUGUGGCUCUGAUGAAGAAGAGGAGAUAGAGAAUCUUGCCAAAUCUAGGAAGUCUCCCCACAAAGAUUUGGGGCAUAGAAAAGAGGAGAACAGAAGGCCACUGACUGAGCCCCCCACCAGAACUGAGCCUGGAACAGCCAUAAACCACCAAGGAUUGCCAGCCGUGGAUUCGGAAAUAUUGGAAAUGUCACCCGAAAAAUCAGAUGGAAUAGUGGAGGGCAUAGAUGUAAAUGGACCAAAAGCACAGCUGAUGUUGCGGUAUCCAGAUGGAAAAAGGGAACAAAUCACUCUUCCAGAGCAAGCUAAACUACUAGCUUUGGUGAAGCAUGUUCAGUCUAAAGGAUAUCCAAAUGAACGUUUUGAACUUCUCACCAACUUCCCUCGAAGGAAACUCUCUCAUCUGGACUAUGAUAUUACGUUACAAGAGGCAGGGCUUUGUCCUCAAGAGACUGUCUUUGUACAGGAAAGAAAUUAACAUCAUGGCCUGACCUCUCUCAGCUUACCCCUUUUUUCCCUUGUUCUGUGAGAUACCAUGUCACUGAGUAUGCGUUUUGGCUCAUAGGACCACAGGGCCAAAGUUGGGCAAGCAAGUCACCUGCCUUCUGUUUUAUUUCUUGCUCUCUCUUAAAAUCAGUCUCUCUCCCACCCCUGUUAAUUCUCUCCUCUCCUAUUUUCUUCUUUUUCCUACUCUGGUGACCAAAUGGAAGUGUUAGGAUAAGAUCUCCUAGUACUGGCAGCAGGAAAUGUACGUUCCAAUAAGUGGUCUCUUACAUGGCAUUUUUGGGGGAUCAAAUGAUAAUGUUACUCUUCAGUCUUCUUUGGUAAAGGAAUGGUUAGAUUCAGAACAAGAACAACCUCCCCUUUUUGUAAGCCCCAUUUUUAGUAGGGAGAAGAAAUUCUUUAGCAUUUGUUUUGAUUUUUUGUUCAUAUAGGAAAUAUCACAUAACAAAGUGUCCAGGCUUUUGUUUACAUGGAAAAAGCAUCCUUUAUAAUUAUUGCUCAUCAUAUUUAAAAUUUUUUUCAAAAGAUUCCCAUCUUCCCAGAUAGGAUUAUUUCCACGAUAUGUGUUAUUGGCAAAAAGAGUGUUAAAUUAGCGUGAGUAGCAUGGCGUGGCUUUCAGUAUCCUAGCCUGAGACAGCUUUCUUUGCUACUGUCUAUAAACUGUCUUGAUCCUGCUAGUCCUGGAAUGGACAUUUCAUGAGCACAUUGUGGUGACUGGAAUAGGAAGGUGCUUGCUGUUUUUGCCAAUACAGCAUAUUAGUUCCUUUGGCCCUUCCAUUGUUUGGGUCCACAAGUGAUCUGUAGGAAGGCAGCUGUUCAAUAAUCAUGAGUACAAUGGCUUGUGGUUGUAACCACUAUGGUUAUUGGUUGUCCUAUGUGCUUUAAGGCAUACUUAAUAUAUGUCCCGGGGUGGGGGAAAGAAAAAGAUGCAGCUGAGAGUUGCUAACCAUGUUCCUUUGGUUAAAAAUAAUGAUUCAUUUUUUACCCCUAGUUGGAACAGUCUCUAAAAGGCUCUGGUGACUGAAUGAGCUUAAUUUCUCAUGCUGUUUCUUGAAAAAGGUAUCAAAAUGGAAAAGCUCUCUAAGGGAAAGACUUCUAAAAUCCAUUCAUAGGACAACAUUUAGUAAGGGAGGUGGGGAAGAUUACCAGUAAUCUUCAGAUGAUGUGGGGUUUUUCUGCCAACAAAGGCCACAUUCAGGUUGUAGUUGGUGAAAGCGUUUUUCAGUAUUUAUUUAGGAGAGGCCAUCAUGAAUUUCUGUAAUACUGUUUGACUUAAUCAGCUUCACUAUACGCUCAAUUCUUAUUUGGAGCUUUAAAUAGUCUUCUGAAGGGGUGGCAGUAAUUCUGGUGGCAAAAUCAGAACUUUAACUUGUUAUGAAACCAUCAUACAGAAUGAACCUAUUUUGUUGAUUGGGAUUAGAUUGAUUCUUCUACUUGAGGAACAUAAAUUGCUAUUGCUCAGAGACCUUUAGGUUCCCAUCUACUUUAAGAUCACUCUCUUGGCAACUAGGGGAUUAAAAAAAAAAAAAGAUGCUAGUGUGUUGCUAGUACACAGAAAAUAUGGUUUCUAAUGGUUGGACUUUGAGGGACCCUCCCUAAAGAAUGAGUUAUGUAUCUCCUCAAGGAAAUCAUGGAAAAUUCUGUUUAUUCUUCAGUGAGUCCUUUUGAAUUAAUGUUCUUACAUUUUUUUCUAAGUCUGUGUAAGUGCUUAUGUAUAAGUAUAUAAUUGUAUAAAUAUUUAUAAAUAUAUUUAUAUAAUUACAAUUUCAUUUAUACCUUGAGUCAAAGUUCUCUCUCUAGAUUGGUGACUGAGUAAUACCACUUUGGUGUUUUUUCAUAGGCUCUCAAGCCUAACUAGCAGCUUCUGCUUUAUUGAGGAAACAUGGUUUUCAUGUUAAUUCCUCAAUUGUAUCUCUGAACUUGGAUAAUAUACUUGCUAUCUGAAGAAUGGAGCUAUAUACAAAGAUGUGUUAGAGGGUUAAAAAAAAAAAAAGGUUGGUUGUAGACAAGGUCAGAAGUCUAAAAAUUCUGGGAGGCACAGGGUAAGAAGUGAGGGUAUGCUCAGCUUUGGUGCUGUGAUGGCACCUAUCUUUACUCUCAGCAAAGUCACAGCUAAAGCCCAAAUCUGUCGAAAAUAUGAAGUCAAGAAUUUUCCCCACAGGACUCUGUUUCAUUCUUUUACCUACUAGUUUCUCUUUACAAAUCAUACCUAGAGAACUUGAGAAAACAUGCUCAUUAAUAUUAGGAUGUAGUUCUUUCUGAUAAGUUCAGCCCUGGCAUAUUCAUUUAUGAGAAACCAAAGUGACUUUUUCAACUUCGCUUACUGUGAAAUGACCACAGCAAAGUGAUUUAAGUAAGCAUAUCAGAGAGAUAGAGCAUGAGAUGCUGGUCCAGCUUAGAUACAACUGGGGUGUUUAGAGUACAAGAUGUAGAGGAUUUUAUUUUAUUUUGAAGCAGGAGUGUGAUUAUCCUGGGCUUGAUAUAGAGGCCCACAGGGGAGGCAUGGGUUGUGUACAGGAAGAGUAUGGAUUGUGCUUUGUUCAAGAACUUAAUCCACUUAGGUAGCAUGCUUCCUCCAGUUUGUCUUACUUCCUCUGCAAAUUCCUUAGCUCUUUGGAGGAGAGGUUUUAUUGAAUAGAUAAAAUGAAGUUAGUAAGAUAGGUUAAAAUAGUCAUUCCUUGUCAGUAUUGGAAACAGCUUAAAAGAGAUUUUAAAAGGUAGACAGGAAAACAACAAGAUAGAGUAAAUGACAGGAGACACAUACAGAGAGAUGAAAUGAAAACUAGUGGGAGGAAAAGUAACAGGAAAUCUUUUGAAUUUUAUUUAGGAAGAGACCAGAGAAGAGAACAGCCAAAUGAGGGAAGAAUGGGGAACUAAUUUUGAGUAACUACCAUAUGCUAGAUACUUUAGUCUUUAGUCUUCAUAAGAACUCUACAGAAUGCUUAUUUUCCCCCAUUUUACAGAUAAGGAAGAGAACUGAAGUUCAGAGAACUUGUCCAGGAUGUCACAGCUAGUAAGUGGUAAAAUCAAAAUUGGCAUUCACGCUCUUCACUCCUAUGCUUGUAGUCUCCUGUAACAGGGAAAUCAAUUUGCUCAAAAGGUUAUCUUCCCAUUGUUUGGCUCUGUAAGUUAUCAUUUGGUUUUGUUAAAGCUUGUGAGAUUGGUGCUAUGCCUAUAAAUUCUUAUUUACACCAUUAUUUUGAGGGACUGAUUACUAAUUGCUUUUUUUAAAUGAUGUACUGAUGAAAAUGUGAAAGGAAAAUAACUAAGGCAUUAUUUGCCAAGAAUAGAUGGAAAAUAUAAAGAAUUUUAUCAAAUUUUUAACAAUUUUUUGGAAAAGAUAUAAUUAUCUUUUCUGUAUCCCAUUGUACUAGAUUAUUGAACCUUCUAUGUGUAUGUUUUUAAAUAUAUAAAAUUCUACUUCCUUGACUCUGUAAGUUAACAAUUAUUUAUUGAGUCCUUAAUCAAAAUUGGGAAAAAUCUUGAAAUCUAAGAUCUGGUUCCUGCCUGUUUUAGCUGGAGAGACACACUACAUGUGAGAUAACUGGAGAACAUGUAAAGCUUACCUUUCUGAGACUGAACCAUAAUUACAAAAGAAGUUUAGAAAGGGUAAAGAAUAGUGUAGGCUUUAGUUAGGAAAAUAAAACUGAAAAGUGGCAAAUACUGUGGCUCAGAUUUUCUUUCAACUCACUUUUAUUCUUUAGUUCCACCUUUUAAAACUAUUAGAUUUAGGAUAUGACUUUUAUCAGUAAGGCAUAUCCAGUACCCAAGUAGGAAAGGAUUAUUGAUUCUAGGAUUAAAGAUUUUAGCUAGCAAGAAUCUCACUUGGAAAAUACCAGAGGGUGCCACUAGCAACUGAAAAGUAAAGGAAAGAUUUAAUUUCUCUACCCAGGUACAAAUUAAAUGUAUGGUAUAUUAUAUAUGAUAUGCAGAAGGGACACUAUAUGUAGGCAUAAGUGUACUUGGGUAACAGCUCUGCUUCUAAAUAGCAGAAUAGAACUAGACCAACAAGUAUACUGUUCAAGUAUAAAAGGGCCUGUAAUUUUAAAAUUAGGCAGUGGUGGGGAGUUGUGGGUUAAGUGUUAAUAUCAUUAAUUCUUUAGAUGGAGAAAAUAUAAAUGUGUAUAUGGAAUUGCAGACCCUUUGCAGAAACUCUUGACAACGCACGACUAUAGACUAUUGAAUUAGAUUUAUCUCCAAAGUCUUUUCCACUCCAAAAUUUAAUGCUUCUAGUCUCUUCCCUUUAUUUUAUAUAUUAUCUAUCCAUAGGUUAAUUAAAAAUAUACUUGUUAAUCAGUUCCUUUGCUUUUCUGUGUCUAGGUUUCGUUUGCUGAAUAACAUGAUGUACCCUUACUGUGAUGAAUGAAAUCUCCAAAAAGGAGAGUACGUUAGUUACACAUAGUUACUGAUCUAGUAAUUAUCUUUUAAACACAAUUUAUUGAUUUUAAAACUUAAUGCUGUGUUCCUAAUCAGUGUUGAGUAUGGCUAAAAUGUAAUUAAUGAAUACCAAAUAUUUUACUGACACCAGAGUUAAAUUGUAUUUUAUGUGUGUGAUAAAACAAAGCACUUUAUUGGCUGAGCAAUUGUUAGGAAAUCGAUUUGUGUAAGUUGUAGAAUUCACACUUGGUUUUGGUAGAAACAAGUUUUUCAAAAUCCAAUUAGGCUGAUUUUUAAAAUAUUUCUUAUUCCAUAUUGUAUCUCCAUGGUGUCAUUCUCUCUGUCUCUCUGACCCUCUUUCAUUUAACUACUCAAUAGUAAAUCAUGGGAUGCAGGCUGAUGAAUAACUAAUGUCUUGUGUAGAACUAAAUGAGAGUAAGAAGAACCCACUCUUCUGGUGAACAUGGCAAUUUUUCAAUAAUAGUAGCCUUGAUUAAAAGGCUAUUUUAAGACAGCUGUGUACUAUGAAUAUUCAACUUCAUUGAUUUGCCUUGCUUAGCAUUUCAAUUCCUGUCUUGCCAUGAAACUUAGUAUUGCACUGUACACAUUGUAGAAUGAUGUCAAGAGUGUUCUUUAGUACUGAAAAUAACCAACAAAGAAUACCAAGGCAAUAUGUUGAUUUCUCCUGAUAUGGAAAAAUUUGGUAUUUCAGUGAUGGCUACUUUGGUCUUUGAUUUACUUCUCUGGUAAUUCUGCUAGAGAGACGGCUUAGAGUCUAGAAUACUUUUUAUAGAGAUUACGAUGACCUUGGUAGUUUUCCCAUCAAGUGAUCUUGUGGUUAAAUUAUUGGGUGUAAUGAGACCCUUAGUUAGAAAAUCUUUCUACUUUCUUUUACUUUUCUAUUAUUUAGUCUUGAUUUUUGACAACCAUUCUCUGAAAAUUAGUCAUGGUUUUCAAUGAAAUUGGAGAUUCCAUUUCUAAGUUUUUAAAUGUAACAUUUUUCAUUUUUUAUAAAUUAAUAUACAAGGAAAGAAUUAGAGGCAAACAUUGUUUUUAUAGCUUAUUUAAGAAUUCUUAUUCUAAAUAUAGAAUAGCUAGCUCCAUGACAUGCCUCCCCCCCCCCUUUUUUUUUUUUGCCUAUGGAAUGCUGUUGUAUGACUUAGAAUCUCAGUCAUUCUCAUAAACAUCAUUUUUGGUAGAGGUCUUUCUUUGACAUGAUCUCAAAGUAGAGUUGGGCAAUCUAAUGAACUACUUUAAUAAAACAUAAUUUAGCAUUUCUGUAAAGUAUUUUCAAAAGAUAACCAGAUUUACUUGUAGGAUUAGAGAUACAAAUACCAAUGGUAGUAUUUUGCCUAAGAACAAUCACAUAUUAAUCUAUAAAUAUGGAAAGUUGUCUUGUUGUACUUAAUUCUGUUGCAACAAAGAGCAAGUUUUUGUUGUUUGUUUUAAAGUAUUUCCUUUACAGAGAUCAAAAUGCCCUAAGAAUUUAUAUCCCUUAUAAGGUCACUUGGGUUUUCAAAUAGGAAGAAUAAGCUGGAUUUAACAUAAGAAAAUUUUUAUCUCCAUUAAAAGAAGUUAUUAAUUGUACUGGGCCACCAUGAAUCAUUCAUUUAUUAGACAUGGUAAAUAAAAUGGGAAGCAUUUCAAAUCAUUAGAAAAAUUCUGACCUGGAAUUGAAUUCUCCCUUACUUACAAUCUUUCCUAUUUGCUUUUUUCAUAGACUCAGUAUGGGCAUCUUAACUGACAAGGGAGAGAGAUUCUUGAUCUGGAGCCAUUCCCUGCCAUUCUGCUUUUUUUUUUUUCAUUCCGUCAAGGUUGCUGACUUUAGAGUACAUGUCACCAGGAUAUAUUCCAAGUUAGUGACAUUGGAAUGUUGAUGCUCAGUAGAGUAUCUUGAUGUUUUCAACAAAAUGGUUUUAUAGUGUGCUUUUCUCAAAACUUCUGUGUUUUAAUAAUGAAAAAUAUAAUGGUGUGAUUCAAAAUAUAAAUAGGUUUUUGACACUAAUCGUAUGCUCUUAACAAUAGCUUUUUGAUAAUUUAUUGCCCUGUAAGUUAAACCUCACAUGGAGUGACCAUUGCCACCAAAAUAAUCCCCUUUUACCUGCUAACUAGAAUGAAAGUAGUAUGUGACCUCCACUUUGUUAAUGAGUAUCAAGCUUGUAGGGGCUGUUUAUCUUAUCUAUUUAGGGGCUUUUGCGUUGUUACUUUCCUAGGUUUGUCCCUUUGAUUUGGAAAGGCAAUUUAAAACUUGCUGGGAAACAGACAGUAAAGCUGUGAGAUAAUCCUCUAGUCUUCGAUACAGAGAAAUGAGUACCAGUUGAGCUAACAUGAUACUUAGACUUUGAGGGGCUUCUAGCCAAGCUUUGGCAUGAAUCUGUUAGACAUAUUUUAUUCACUCCUUUAAGAAUCCUUUUUUCUAGAAUGGUUUUCCUUUUGAUUGUUAACUUCUAAGCCUCUGGUGUCUUUUUUUUUUUUUUAACCCUUCAAAAGACAAAGCCGUUUUUCAAGUAGAUGUUGAUUGUUCCAUGGAAAUUCUCAGGCUCUGUGUUUGUAGGCUCUGUGCAUGCUUUGUAUGAAUUCAGUUUGAACAAUGCGUUUUGAAUCACCUGGAUGUCCAAUUCUGGCAUGUCUUCCCUAAUUGUGUUUUUUAAACGUUUUUCAUAUCAUUUUCCAAACCUCACUUCCCAUCUUAUUCAGAGAGGUUAAUCAAGGAAUGAAAUUUGGGGAUAGGGUUGGGGGUGGGUUGGGGACUUGAGUGAAGUCAACUUGGGGUAUUUACUUUAAAGUGUUUCUCAAGCGGUUUCUAACGGUAUUUAGAGGUUCCCUGGGAUGUUUGUGUAUUCAGUUUAUUCCAGAUAAAGUGGUGGUCUCAGUGAGAUUUGUAUUCUUAAUGCAGGACAGGCUCUAAAUUUAAUCUGUGGUGUAACGUUAUUAUUGAAUCCAAGAAGAUAAUGGACAGAGACAGUGCUCCUAUUGUAGUGUUUCUGGCAAGUGCUCCCUAAAGUGCACACACAUACAGUUCUCAGUUUUUGGGGCUUUAAUUCCAUGGUGCUAGGAGAUAGCAUUUGUAUCUGUAGCUCUUCUCAAGAAUGGGAAGAAGGCUUUGGGACCUGUGAGAAAGGGGCAACUGGAUCAUCUACUAAAUUUUUUUGUUCAAGACACACUAGAGACCCUCCUGUAUAUCGAGUAAGUGAUAAUAAAGGUGCUAGGGAAAGCCUUAAAUUUGAAUACAUACGGAGGCUGUAGAAAAUCUAAACUCAUAGGAGGAGAAAAACAUGCCAUUAGAUAAAGCAGAGCUGUAACUGCUGGCUAAGACUCAAUGGAACUUCCACUUGCUCUAAAACCAGGGAAAUCUUAGAUAACUGGGUGUGAUAUAUCUAUAGAUACACAUAGUCUAUAGGUAAAUAAUUUCUAAAAUGAGGAUCUUUCUCUCAGUUGGUGAUCCUCUGGUUUUGGCUGUACCAAAUUGUGAAUAUUCUUGCUGUGUUGUACCCAGUUGCUUUAUAUUGAUACUGCAACUUGAACUGGGGAGGGGGGCGGUGGGACAUUUGGGGUGGGGGAGGGAGGGGAGUGGGACGAUAAGUCUUUUGAAGACAUCAGCUCACUGUGCUGAGAGAGGGACCAAACUCAAGGAAACCUCUGAUCUAUAAUAAAUUCAACUGCUGCAUUUUUUUAUAAAUACAUGUAAAUGUCCUGUUGUAAUAUUUGAUCUUGGAAAUAAAAUCAAAAACUUUUCGGUAUUA